AUGAGAAAAUUAAGGAAGAAAGAGGGGCCCCAGUUAAUUCCUAUAAAGAAAAAACUCGAUCGUCGAGAGGCAACUCGUGAGCGUAAGGCAGAGGCAGCGGCAAGACUAAACAAGGCUGUUGAGAAAGAAUUAAUACACCGAUUGAAAUCAAGAGCGUAUGGUGAUGCUCCUCUAAACGUGAAUGAGGACGUUUGGAGAAGUGUGCUCGAGGGAGAUGAGGUUGCGGUUGAAGACGAUAUCACAAGCGAGAGCGAAGUAGAAGAUCUGGUUGAGAAUGAGCGUGAAUUUGUGUCAGAUGUUAGUGACGACGAAUCAGUUGAUGAUAUAGAAGAUAUGUUGAACAAGAUGUCUGAAGACGAAGUCGAUGAUGACGACGAUAUUAUGACAGAAUGUGUAGAAUUAGAAUACGAAUAG